CUCCCCAAAAAAUGGAGUUGCAGUUCGUUUACCAGGGGCUUCCCGCACUGAAAUCUGGAUUAUCAACACAUCGAUCAAUGUCCCAUGACUCCCAUGUUUCUUCAACUCGGGUUGGAUUCAGGGAUCAAAGAGUUAAGUUUGGAAUUGCGUUAAAAUCACAUUUGAUGCCUGAUUUGAAGGGGAUAUUUAGAGGGCCUUCACUGCCCAGCAAAAAGCGAGGAGCUAUUUUAUGUGCUUCUGAUGUGGAUGCCAGUGGAUCUGAGGGAAUGGAGCCAAGCCAAGAUAAAUCGUGUCUCAUUCCAUUAUAUGGGUUGACUCACCAGUUGGUAGGAGAAGAGAGAUUGCAGGCAGGCUGUGGGAACCAAUACAAGGGCUCCUGUCUUUGGGUUUUAGCCCCUAUCUCACUGAUAUUAUUCUUAUUUCUUCCUAGACUUUACAUUGCCCCUGCAAUUAAGGCUCUCCAGCCUAUCCACAAGGACAAUUUCCUAUCAACAAUUGGAGCUUCAUUAUCUCUCGAGGCACCAUUCUACAUUGGUCUUGCAAUAUUCCUCCGAGUAACCGAGCAUGUUCAGCAGCCAUAUCUGAAGUUCGGCUCUAAUGGGUGGGGUCUCAUCACAGGCUUCAGAGGGCACUUGGCAUCUGCUUUCCUCGUAAUGGGCUUCAAGGUCAUCGUCCCUCUCUUUGCUUCGCGUUUAGCCUGGGAUCUGGUUGAUCCGCCAGCCAGGGUUGCACUGGUUAGUCUUGUAGUUAACUGUGUUGCUCAGCUUGUAUUUGAAAGAAGUCUUCACAAGCGUGGAUGGUCCUGUUGGCCCUUGGUUCCUAUAAUCUUCGAGGUCUAUAGACUUUAUCAGUUGACAGAAACUGGUCAUUAUAUUGAGAGGUUGAUCUUGUCAAAGCAGCAACGCUAUGGAUCCAUAGAAGUUAUAAUCAUUAUGAGUCUGCUGUAUGGUGUGAUGGUGAUUCUCCGAGUUCUUGCUGUGGUCUGCCUCUGGUCUUUGAUCACUUUUUUAAUGAGGAUUUUCCCUUCUAGACCUGUAGCAUAAAAGAACUGUUCUAUUGUUUUGGGGCAAAUAUUCUAGUUUCUGCACAAUCUAACACUUGCCAAGUUGCCAUCCUUAGUAUAGUUAUGGAAUCUACUCAUUACUUGAGUAGGCUUGAUGCUGGUUGCUUGUUUGCUGCCUAAAACAUACGAGAUAUGUUAUUUGUACAUGCGUUCGUAUUUUGUGUGAGACCUAUACAUAUGAGACUAUGUAACAUACAUAAA